AUGGAAAUAAAUUUGUUCACAAUAUCUAUUGAGAUAAAUUUGUUCACAAAAUCUAUUGAUGUAAAUUUGUUUACAAUAUCUAUUGAGAUAAAUUUGUUUACAAUAUCUAUUGGGGUAAAUUUGUUUACAAUAUCUAUUGAGAUAAAUUUGUUCACAAUAUCUAUUGAGAUAAAUUUGUUCACAAUAUCUAUUGAAAUUAAUUUGUUCACAAUAUCUAUUGAGGUAACUUUGUUCACAAAAUCUAUUGAUGUAAAUUUGUUUACAAUAUCUAUUGAGAUAAAUUUGUUCACAAUAUCUAUUGAGAUAAAUUGGUUCACAAAAUCUAUUGAUGUAAAUUUGUUUACAAUAUCUAUUGAAAUAAAUUUGUUCACAAUAUCUAUUGAGAUAAAUUUGUUCACAAAAUCUAUUGAUGUAAAUUUGUUCACAAUAUCUAUUGAGAUAAAUUUGUUCACAAUAUCUAUUGAGAUAAAUUUGUUCACAAUAUCUAUUGAGGUAAAUUUGUUCACAAAAUCUAUUGAUGUAAAUUUGUUUACAAUAUCUAUUGAGAUAAAUUUGUUCACAAUAUCUAUUGAGGUAAAUUUGUUUACAAUAUCUAUUGAGAUAAAUUUGUUCACAAUAUCUAUUGAGAUAAAUUUGUUCACAAAAUCUAUUGAUGUAAAUUUGUUUACAAUAUCUAUUGAGAUAAAUUUGUUCACAAUAUCUAUUGAGAUAAAUUUGUUCACAAAAUCUAUUGAUGUAAAUUUGUUUACAAUAUCUAUUGAGAUAAAUUUGUGA